GGGAGUAUAGUGCGGACGUCGGGAUUUGUGGUAGAGGAGGCGGGCUGGACCUCUUCUGGCGUCGAGGCUCUCGCCUUCCCCUCCCAGAGGAGAGGGCGCGGAUGCGUGCUGGCCGAUGUCGCCUCUCGCCCUUUUCUGCUUUGGUUCUAGACUCGGUUCGACUCGGUUCGAGUGCAGGGAUGGGGGGGCGGCCCUCGGGGCUGUGUGGGGAAGAAAUAAGGCCCGACCUCCUCCACUCCCUCUCCUGGGGCUGGGAGGACGCGGCCUUCUUGGGUCCACUAGAUUAUGGUUCAAAUCUCUUCUCUAUUUUCUUAGGACCAAGAAUUGUUUCCAGCCCCAUCUGGUGCAGAUUUGGCCGAAACUACGGAGUAGAGCCCCCCAUUGGUCAUCUGGAAUGGACUCAAGUUCAGUGGGAGGAUUAGAAUUGACGGAACAGACUCCUGUUUUAUUAGGGACUACAGCCAUGGCAACUAGUCUCACAAAUGUAGGAAAUUCAUUUGGAGGUCCAACUAAUUCUUUAGUUUCUAGAUCUAAUAAGUUUCAGAACACAUCAAUAGAAGAUGAUGAUGAUGUUGUUUUUAUUGAACCAAUACAACCCCCAACAACUGCUGCCCCUGUGGUAUCUGAUCAAAGAAACAUCACAUUUUCAUCAUCAAAAAAUGAAGAGCAACAAGGAAGUGAUUCUAAACUUUCUUCUUCAAAAGAUUUGACUUCUCAAAAAGGAAGUAUAAGUGAGACAAUUAUUAUUGAUGAUGAAGAGGACAUUGAAACAAAUCAAGGGCAAGAAAAAAAUGCUUCCAGUUUUAUUGAACGGAGACUUCCUGAGACUAAAAACAGAACCAAUGAUUUGGAUUUCUCAGCUUCCAGUUUUUCAAGAAGUAAGGUAAAUGCAGGAAUGGGUAAUAGUGGUAUCACCACAGAACCAGACUCUGAAAUUCAGAUUGCUAAUGUUACUACAUUAGAAACAGGUGUAAGCUCAGUGAAUGAUGGCCAAUUAGAAAAUACUGAUGGGCGUGAUAUGAACUUAAUGAUUACACAUGUAACAUCACUGCAGAAUACCAACUUGGGAGAUGUCUCUAACGGACUGCAGUCAAGUAAUUUUGGUGUUAAUAUACAAACAUACACCCCAUCUUUAACUUCACAGACCAAGACUGGAGUAGGACCUUUUAAUCCUGGUAGAAUGAAUGUGGCAGGAGACGUUUUUCAGAAUGGGGAAUCUGCAACUCAUCAUAAUCCUGAUUCCUGGAUCUCCCAGUCAGCUUCAUUUCCUCGAAAUCAGAAGCAACCUGGGGUGGAUUCUUUGUCACCAGUGGCCUCACUUCCUAAGCAGAUUUUCCAGCCUCCUUCACAACAGCAACCUACUAAACCAGUUAAAGUUACUUGUGCAAACUGCAAAAAACCUUUGCAAAAGGGACAAACUGCCUAUCAACGAAAAGGAUCUGCUCAUCUGUUUUGUUCUACUUCUUGUCUUUCCUCAUUCUCACACAAGCCUGCUCCAAAGAAACUCUGCGUCAUGUGCAAAAAAGACAUAACAACAAUGAAAGGUACCAUUGUUGCCCAAGUGGAUUCAAGUGAAUCCUUCCAGGAAUUCUGUAGUACUUCAUGCUUGUCACUCUAUGAAGACAAACAGAAUCCUUCAAAAGGAGUCUUAAAUAAAUCAAGAUGCACAAUUUGUGGCAAACUAACGGAGAUUCGCCAUGAAGUAAGCUUUAAAAACAUGACUCAUAAGCUCUGUAGUGACCACUGCUUUAAUAGAUAUAGAAUGGCAAAUGGCUUAAUAAUGAAUUGCUGUGAACAGUGUGGAGAAUAUUUGCCUAGCAAAGGUGCUGGCAACAACGUCCUUAUUAUCGAUGGCCAGCAGAAAAGAUUUUGUUGCCAAAGCUGUGUCAGUGAAUACAAACAGGUAGGUAGUCAUCCCAGCUUCCUGAAGGAGGUUAGAGACCACAUGCAGGACUCCUUCCUUAUGCAGUCAGAGAAAUAUGGCAAAUUGACAGCUUGUACUGGUUGUAGAACUCAGUGCCGGUUUUUUGAUAUGACUCAGUGCAUAGGUCCUAAUGGGUAUAUGGAGCCAUACUGUUCAACAGCUUGCAUGAACACACACAAGACAAAAUAUGCAAAAUCACCAAGUGUGGGAAUCAUUUGUCACUUUUGUAAGCGAAAUUCUUUACCUCAGUACCAAGCCACAAUGCCUGAUGGAAAAUUGUACAACUUUUGCAAUUCCAGUUGUGUGGCUAAAUUUCAGGCUCUAAGCAUGCAGUCAUCCUCAAACGGUCAGUUUGCAGCACCAAGUGAUAUUCAGUUGAAAUGCAGUUACUGUAAAAAUUCCUUUUGUUCCAAACCUGAGAUACUGGAAUGGGAGAACAAAGUAUAUCAGUUCUGCAGCAAAACAUGUUCCGAUGAUUAUAAAAAGUUGCAUUGCAUUGUUACAUAUUGUGAAUACUGCCAAGAGGAGAAGACUCUGCAUGAAACAGUAAAUUUCUCUGGAGUUAAGAGGCCGUUCUGUAGUGAAGGCUGCAAGCUACUUUAUAAACAAGAUUUUGCAAGACGUUUAGGAUUGAGAUGUGUUACUUGCAACUAUUGUUCCCAGCUUUGUAAAAAGGGAGCAACUAAAGAACUUGAUGGCGUGGUGAGAGAUUUCUGCAGUGAAGAAUGCUGUAAAAAAUUUCAAGAUUGGUAUUAUAAGGCUGCAAGGUGUGACUGUUGUAAAUCCCAAGGAACUCUUAAAGAACGUGUGCAGUGGCGUGGGGAAAUGAAGCAUUUCUGUGAUCAGCACUGCUUACUGCGUUUUUACUGUCAGCAGAAUGAACCUAACAUGGCAACCCAAAAAGGACCUGAAAACUUACAUUAUGACCAGGGUUGUCAGACUCCUCGGACAAAAGUGACGAGUUCAGCACCACCUCCUUCCCCAACGCCUAAUAAAGAGAUGAAGAACAAAGCAGUGCUUUGUAAACCUUUGACAAUGACAAAAGCCACAUAUUGUAAACCUCACAUGCAAACAAAAUCUUGUCAGACAGAAGACAAUUGGAAGACAGAAUAUGUUCCGGUUCCUAUACCUGUACCUGUGUAUAUUCCUGUACCCAUGCAUAUGUAUAGUCAGAACAUUCCUGUUCCUACUGCUGUUCCUGUUCCAGUGCCAGUACCUAUAUUUUUGCCUACUCCACCGGAGAGUAAUGAAAAAAUUCCUGUAGUAUCUGAAGAAUUAAAGAAUAAAGUAUGUUCCGAUCCCCUUGGUGGUGAGCUUCUUACAAUGACAACAGAUAUAAUAGCUGAAGAAGAAAAAACAGAAGCUACUGAUAUUAACAGUGUAAUUAUUGAAACAGAUGUAAUAGUAGAUACAGAUGCCAUGAAGAAUUCUGACACAGAAACACAAGCAAAUAUGCCAGACGUUCCAUAUGAACCAGACCUCGACAUUGAAAUUGAUUUUCCUAGAGCUGCAGAAGAGCUUGACAUGGAAAAUGAAUUUCUAUUACCACCUGUCUUUGGAGAAGAAUAUGAGGAGCAGCCACGACCUCGAUCUAAAAAGAAGGGAGCAAAAAGAAAAGCUGUAUCAGGAUACCAGUCUCAUGAUGAUAGUUCUGAUAAUUCGGAAUGCAGCUUUCCUUUCAAAUAUACAUAUGGUGUGAAUGCAUGGAAACACUGGGUCAAAACUCGACAACUUGAUGAAGAUCUACUGGUAUCGGAUGAACUAAAAUCCACUAAGUCAGUAAAGUUAAAAGAGGAUCUACUAUCUCACACUACAGCUGAACUUAAUUAUGGGUUGGCCCAUUUUGUCAAUGAAAUUCGAAGGCCAAAUGGAGAGAAUUAUGCACCUGACAGCAUCUAUUAUCUUUGCCUUGGCAUUCAAGAGUACUUGUGUGGUAGUAAUCGAAAAGACAACAUAUUUAUUGAUCCAGGUUACCAGACAUUUGAACAAGAAUUAAGUAAAAUUCUUAGAAGUUGGCAACCAAGUAUACUUCCAGAUGGAUCAAUUUUUUCUCGUGUUGAAGAAGAUUAUCUCUGGAGGAUUAAACAGCUAGGAUCACACUCUCCAGUAGCUCUUCUGAACACACUGUUCUACUUUAACACUAAAUAUUUUGGCCUUAAAACAGUGGAGCAACAUUUAAGGCUGUCCUUUGGCACCGUAUUUAGGCAGUGGAAAAAAAAUUCUGUUACAAUGGAAAACAAAGCAUGUCUUCGAUAUCAAGUGUCUUCCUUGUGUGGAGCUGAUAGUGAAGAUAAAAUUACUACUGGAAAAAGAAAACAUGAAGAUGAUGAGCCAGUAUUUGAACAAAUUGAAAACACAGCCAAUCCUUCUAGAUGUCCUGUAAAAAUGUUUGAAUGCUACCUAUCAAAAAGUCCACAGAAUCUUAAUCAAAGAACGGAUGUUUUUUAUUUGCAACCAGAGUGUUCAAGUUCAACAGAUAGUCCUGUCUGGUAUUCUUCUACUUCACUGGACCGAAAUACAUUGGAAAAUAUGCUUGUACGGGUUCUUUUAGUAAAAGAUAUUUAUGAUAAAGACAAUUAUGAACUGGAUGAAGACACGGAUUAAAAUAAACUUUUCAGAAGCAGUUGGGAUAAAAACAGCAUUAGAUAGUUGUGCUGCUAGAUCUUUAUUAUGGAAAACAUUUCAAGUUUACUCCUUCUGUUUUGAGUUUUGUAGCAGUAUACCCACACUGGGUAUUACCAUGUAAAUAAUAUGUGAGUGAAAGUUGCCAUUAUUCUAUGUAGUGGUUUUAGAAUACUUAACAAACACAUUCAAAUUCAUUUUUUUUUAUUAUUUAUUUGAUUAGGUAUGUUUGUAACUUUUUACAUUACAAAAUAUGAAUGAGAAUGUGCCAUGUGUAAUUUCUUUUCUUGUAGUAAGAAAUAUCCAUAUUGCACAACUCCACUGUCACCACGCUUCCUUUGAAGGGGGGCUCUUUUACUGGGUUCUUAACCCAAUGGCUGUGUAUGGGUUAGCACUACUAAAGUUUAGAACUUGCAGUGUCUUUCAGAAUUUUUAAAUAAACUGUAAACUAAUAGGUUUUUUUUUUUUUUUUUUUUUUUUUUUUUUUUUUUUUUUUUUUUUUAGUUUUUGAAGCCUUACAAGGUUAUGUAGAGAGAUUCCAUCUUAUGUACCAAAAAUAGACAAAAGAAUGCUGUCAAUAUUGGUGUACUGUAAUGUGAAUCUAUACUGGUGAAAACAACUCUUGUUCCCCUCAUUAAAACCUUAGUGUCCUUUCCUCAUUUGUGACUUUCUGCAUCGCCCCAAUAAAUAAAGUAAAUAUAAAGAAUGACUAUAAGUUUAAAGCACAUCCUCAUCAAGACAUUUACUUUGUAAAAAUGUCUGAUGAAAUUGCUAUAACUGUCUUCUGUUUUCACUAGCCAGCCAUAAGUACCCGAAUAUCCUUAGCAUUCUAUUGUAGGGUUAUCUUUUUUGCCUAUAGUAAAUGGACCACACAAUGCAGUAUUACCUGAAACAGUCUGAAACUUGAUCCAUUUUUCUCUUGAGUUCAUUUGUCUGCACCCAAAAAUAACUGAUGAAAUGUUAUAAUGGAUGGAAUUAAUUUUAGCAAUACAACUCCAGAAACAGUAGUUACUGAAAGUUGAAUUCAUGUAAAUAAGAUGGUCUCACAUUUUUACUGCAAAAAUUUCCAGUGUGGUAAUUCUGAUACUUUGCUUUCUUGUUAGUACGACUCAUUAAUGUUUAGUGUUCAAAUAUUAUUAGAAAACAAGGAAAGAAAGGAAUAAGGUUUAUCUCAGUGGGAAUCGUAACUGCUGUUAGAUUGUCUUUUAAAAUUCAGAUUACUUCUUAUAGAAGAUUGCAUUAAAAGGCUUUGUACUUCUGCUUAGCAAUUUAUACUUUUAAGACUCUUUCUUUGAAAAGAAAGAAGUUCAUUUUAAAUUGUACUUUUCCAGGAUACAAAGAAAAAUGCUAGCCACAGAUCAUCAGUAAGAACAUAAUGGCUAACUUUGUAGCAUGUGUGUAGUAAUCUUUUCUUUAUAAUUAUUGAAACAUCAUGAUAACUAUUAUUGUGAUUGCUGGGAAAAUCAAGCUUAUUCUCCUCAGUGCCCAAGAAAUUGCUACAUAUUCCUAGGAUAUUCUGUCCUUUUUUUGUCAAAAAAAAUAUUUAGUACACCUUAAAAAAAUAUUCAUCAUUUAGAAAAAGUUCAUAAUGAUAAUAUGCUCAGGCAAUAAUUAUUUGAAUUGUUUUGGGUAUAUGGUUUAUAAUAUUCCAUGUCCUUGAAAUUUUUAGUAAGUCAAUAACUUUUCUAUUCCUUAAUAUAUUUUAUAUUUGUUAAUUAAAAAAAAAUCAGGUUGCUAGUAGCAACUUUUGAUACUGCUUAUCUAAAAUAAAAACUAUUGCUACUUUUCCAUUUACCUGAGUAAGCAGUUAUAAUGUAAAAAAAUGAUUGUUUCAAUCUUUUCCCAUUUUUUCUGAAGACUAAUCAUAAUCAGGCUCUUUCUAAAGCUUAUGCUUUAGCUACAUAUUGAUGACAUUAGGAAAUGGUUGAUAUAAAUACUCUUAUUCCACAUAAUGGUGCUAAUAAUCUAUCAAGGGCAAUAAUGUUUUUUCCAAAUGUCAUCUAACAUGUAGUUACCAAAAUAGAAAUAAUUGACAUAACAGUGAAUAAGAAGGCUCAGCUUUAAUUACUAUUUACAUUAAUCUUUUUUGUUACACAAUUUUAAUAAUGAUCCAAAAUAUCAGUUUUCUGAAAGGAACUGGCAAUAGUAAUUCAACCUUGACACAAUUCAAUUUAAAUCUAAACUUUAUUUUAGCUCAGCAAUUCUGAUUAUUUACUAAAAUUAGUUAAUUUUAAUAUGUAAUUUUUAUAAUCUGAAGUUCUUCCCAAUCACAUUUCCAUUCCUUCCUGGAUUGUUGUUUAUGUAAUUACAGAUGCCAGUGAGGACAUGGAAGUUCUCUAUUGUUCCUUGGUGAUUUCUGAAUCUAGUAUCUGGUAAACAUGAUUUUGCAUUAUCUUAACUAUGCUGGACUGUGAGAGCUGCUGGGUUUUCUUUUGAGGUGGGUGGGUAGGAUGCUUAGCUUGUUCACAGAGUAUAUUUUGCCAUCAUUGAACACAAGUUAUUAUUUCCACAUUAAGUAAAAUGGUUUCCAUAGAUAAUUGAGUCUCCAUAACUCAUUCCUUUAGGGCUUUUUUUUUUUUUCUUUAAAAAAAAAAAACUUUUUAGAAAGCAGGUAAAGAUACUAAAAGGAUUUGAUUAGGUAAGAAGUUUAAUAUCUUACUAAUAAUACUCAAUAUUUUAAAAGUUUUUUUUUCUGUAAGUUGCAAGAACCCGUUUAUGGUUUUCUUUUUAUUAAAGUCGUUGCUAAUUUAUAUGGUGUUUUACAUGUUGAAAUUCUGGAAUGGGAAGAAGGUACAUAUUGUACUAUACAUUUGGAUGUUGUCAGUAUUUUCCUGGCAGUUACUGGGAUUUGAUUUUUUAAAGUUUAUUUAUAACAUUUAAAAAAUAAAUAGAAGAGUUGUCCCCAAAGUGAGAAAUUUUAGGUUAUUUUAUUGUACUGGGCCUAAUUUAUUUCAAUUUUUUUUAAUUGUUUAAAACUAUUGCAGGCAUUUAUUAACAUUUUUUUUAAUCUAUUGUACAAAUAUGUAAGUUAUUCUUGGUUCCAGUAAGUCAGCAUUGCCCAUAAGGCUUUCCUAUUGUCCUUCAAGUAUAUAGAAAACUUAAAUGAUUUUUUUCAGUACUUAAGUAUUAAUUUCUCUCCCUUAUUGACAAUUUCUUCUCCUAUUUCCUAGAUUACUGUUUCUAUUUUCCCUCUUCCCCUUUGACUAUGUUCUCUUGCUUUCAAUGAAGACCUAUCUGUAGGGAGGGAGAAGUGAAAUUUUACUAGUAUUAAACUUCUCAUUUUUUUUCUUUAGCUUCACUUAAUGACUCUUUUUUUCCCCUUAAGCUCUGUUUGUUCUUCCUAUCUUUAUAAAUCACCAGUACACAGAGAAAUUCAAUGUUUUCUAGAUUUCCUCAGCUUCUUGUUAAAUAUGUCCCUUCAUACACAUAAAUAUUCUAAUGUUGACCAUAGCUUAAACAUAUUAAAAUCUACCUCUCAAAUUCAGAAACACACUUAUAUUGGCUGAUUGUAAUAUCUUAAAAUUGGAGGGUAGGGAUGUAGUAUUGGAAAAAACCUACCUUCUGUUUCCUUUACCUGGACAAUUGAGUAGCCCAACUCAUACUCCUUACAUUUAGUUAGCAGUCAUAAACGUCCAGGAAACAAAUCGUUCUGGCCAUAUAAAUUGUGUCCUGAAGAUCUCAGUAUAAGAACAUUAGUAGUCUUAACUUAAAUUCUAAAGUGAUUCAUGAAAUCAGUCUGUGAGGGUAAACUGACCAAAGAAAAUGUUUAAAAUGCAGAUGAUAAGAUAAAGAUAGGCCCAAGGGAAGCAUCAAUAUGUUAUAAUAAUAUUUAGCAGAUUUUUGCCCUGAGAAAAUAUCCUUGGAUUUAUAUUCAAGCAAACUUCAAUUUCUUCUCAUUAUAGAUGAUGGAAAGUUUAAACAUGUUAAAUCUUAAACAUAGAGCUGAUUGACUUUUUUUUUUUUUUGGUUGGGUUAAAUCAAGUUGAUUCAUGACAUUUUAAUUUAUGGUCACUUCCACUGGAAGGUAUCCAUUAUUUGACUUAAUCUUUUGAUGUGUUUUGUGAACCUGUACUUAUGAUUUUGUUCCUUCAUAACAAAUAACUUUAAUCCUUAAAGUUUCUACAUAAAUUUAGUUUUCUUGGAAGAUUAGAAAUAUGUUUUCUAAAAUAGCAGAAACAUUUUCAUUCUCUCAUAAAUGUAUAGGAUCUAAUUCUGAAGGACCUAUACAGGUAUCCUUAAAAUACAAAUAAAUUUAAUACAUGAAAACUCAUUAGCAGUUAUUAUGUCAAUAAGUGUUUAUUAAACCUAAUCUGUCCCCAGUA